AUGUCUCAAGUCAUUGCAUCUGGAGCAGACCUUAUUGCUCAAACACUCAAGAACCAAGGUGUUCAAGUCAUCUUUGGUAUUGUAGGUAUUCCUGUUGUCGAAGUAGCUGAAGCCUGUGUCGCUGCUGGCAUUCGAUUUAUUGGUUUCCGUAAUGAACAAUCUGCCGCAUAUGCAGCUUCGAUUUAUGGCUACCUCAGUGGUCGUCCUGGUGUAUGCUUGAGUGUAGGUGGCCCUGGUGUGGUGCAUGCGUUGGCUGGCUUGCUCAACUCCAAAAUCAACUGCUGGCCUCUUGUCCUGCUGUCGGGUUCUUGCGAGACAGAUCAGACAGAUAUGGGCGCAUUUCAAGAAUUGGACCAAGUCGAAGCAUGCAGACAGUAUUGCAAAUACAGUGCUCGACCUGCUUCACUGGAACAGUUGCCUUUUGUCAUUGAAAAGGCUUUCAGAACAGCGCUGUAUGGUAGACCCGGUGCUGCAUAUGUGGAUUUGCCAGCUGAUUAUAUCCAAUACCCCAUUACCAACAAGAAGGUGUAUAAUGCUGUUCAAGUCUCUCGUGUACCAAAUUCUCCCAAGUCCAUGUCUGAUCAAACCAACUUGAACGAAGCUGUUGCAUUGCUGAAGAAUGCCAAGAGUCCACUCAUUGUCAUUGGCAAAGGAGCUGCGUAUGCUCGUGCCGAGAAUGAGAUUAGAGCACUCGUUGAAAAGACACAAGCACCCUUUUUACCUACACCCAUGGGUAAAGGUGUCAUCUCAGAUAGUCAUCCAUUGUGUGUUUCAGCUGCUAGAUCGAAAGCAUUGAAAGAUGCCGACGUUGUUCUUUUGAUUGGCGCACGCUUGAAUUGGAUUCUGCACUAUGGACACUCACCUCGCUGGAGCAACAAGGUUCGUUUUAUUCAAAUCGACAUUGCACCUGAAGAAUUGGGCAACAACCGUCAAGACACACUGCCAUUGUUGGGCGACAUUCAGCUCGUUGUUUCUCAAAUCACGCAAGCAUUGAAUGGCAAACUCAACAAUAUCAAAUCUGAUUACGUCUCAGGACUUGUCGACAAAGUAAAGCAAAAUGUGGAAAAGACCAAGCUAGCUGGUAGCAAGGGAUCAGAUAGCGCCAUUUUGAACUAUUCAACUGCCUUUACUGUCAUUAAGAAUCUGCUCCCCGAAAACAACAUUGUCUAUGUGAGUGAAGGUGCCAACACCAUGGAUAUUGGUAGAUCCUACUUUGACGUUCAUGAGCCUAGACAUCGUUUAGAUGCAGGCACUGGCGCUACGAUGGGCGUCGGUAUGGGUUACGCUAUUGGAGCUCAAUCCUACUACGGUGAUACCAAGCGAGUUGUCAGCAUUGUGGGUGAUUCUGCAUUCGGCUUCUCUGCCAUGGAAUUAGAAACAGCUAUCCGUUCUCGUCUGCCGCUCUUGAUCAUUGUCAUCAACAACAAUGGUAUCUAUCAUGGCUUGGAGGAUGAAGAGUACCAUGCUGCUCUCAAGGACGGUACUUUGCCCACUACAUCCCUCUCGGUGGAGACACGUUAUGACUUGAUUUCAGAAGCAUGUGGUGGCAAAGGGUGGUUUGUAAAGAAUAGAGUUGAAUUAGCAAAGGCUGUCAAGGAAGCCCUCGCUGCCAAAGAUCAAACGUGCGUUGUCAAUGUCAUGAUUGCUCCUGGAGGACGAACCAAGUUGGAUUUUGGUUGGAUGCAAAAGACUCAAAAAGCUAGACUGUAA